AUGGUCGAUAAAUAUCCCGCAACCUUUAGAGAUUACGACGAUGAUGGUGUGGUUCUGGGAGAUGGUACUGCUAGUUUAAAAACAAAAUUGCAAGAACGGUACCAUUACCUAAAAAGGCCGCAUAAACGGCCGGUAUCCACAUCACCUGAAACACCACUACAUCUUGCCAAAAUUAAGAAAAACGCAACGGCAGGAUGCGCCCAAUGGGCACCACCUUAUCAAAAAGCUGGCGCUGCAGCUAAAAACAAAUUAAAUACCUUCUUAGAUGAUGCUUCAGACGAGUUUUUCCACCUUUUGGAAGAAACUUUUGCAGAACAAAGGGCGUUCAUAAACAAUGUCGAUCCUCCAAGUAUCACUAACAUAAAAGACCAAUGGCCCGUCCUUUUUAAAGUAGAAGCCAUAAAAUGGCAUUUUAACAAAGUUACGAACGGAAACAUAAGCAAUCUUACAACGAAUUUACAAUUAAAAGCAGAAAAAAUUGUAAAUUUUGGCUUACAACAUAAAAUUAUCAUCAGCAAAGACGUAAGACGGGAUUCGGCAGAAAUAAUUGCUUUAGAACUGUUUGCAAGAUAUUUCCAGGAAAAUAUCUAUGGGGCCUUUUACCUCAAAUUUCAGGAUGAAGCUAUGAUUGAAAUUACACAAAACGAACCGUGCAUUAUCAACUGUACUGUCGAAAAUCAGUUCUAUAUAUAUAUGGAAAAAGAAAGGGUGGUACAGUGCAAAGACUUUUUUCAAGCUUUAGAAUGUUGCUUUUCUUUGUACUUUAUUUUUAAUUUACACUACCCGAAGGAGACGUCCACAUUUCUCGAAAUGAUUCAGAGAUAUUUUUUAAAAAUCCAUCCCGACAGUGGAAGCAAAUCGCGCAAGUUAUCAGCCUCCAAAAAAAAGGUGCUCAGUCUCAUGAGGAAGUUAAGAGACAUUUAG